UCAAAGUGAAGCUGGAAGGAUCAUUCAGAAGGUGUUCCGAAAGUAGAAAACAAAGAUGGCUUCCAAAGAAGUAUCAGACAAUUUUGAGGAGUUUGAAGAAGACUCUGACGAUGGGGAAGGAUGGGAAGAAAAGGAGGAGGAAAUGGAAGAGGGUGAAGAUGUGAUGUGCCUGUUUUGCCAGCAGAGGUUGUUGGGGGUGGAUGAGAUGUUCAAACACUGUCGCUGUGACCAUGGGUUUGACAUGGCAUGGGCAGGCCGUUUCUGGCAGCUCGAUAGUAUACAGUUCAUCAAACUUGUCAACUAUGUCAGGACAGAGAAACCAAGUUGUGAGGACUUGCUGAAGUACAAACCGGGUGAUGUGCCUCCCUGGGGAUCUGAUAACUUUAUGAAGCCCUGCAAUCCUGAUGAUAUCCUGUUACAAUUUGAUAUAGAGGAUAUGUUAGAAAAUACAGAAAACAGUCCUAUGAUGAAUUCUGUCAGUACUACCCAAAAUGGCAGUCCAGGGGAGGCCAACAUGACCUUGUCGCUGUCAGAAUAUCAUGAACUUUGUCAUAGGCUAAAGGUCGCUGAGGAGAAGUCGGCAAAGGCAGAUGAACAGAUUCAUGAAUUAAUACAGAACAUGGAGAAAAUGAAGGUUGUUACUAAGGAUAUUGUGAUGUUACAAUCUCAAGAGCCAAUCAAACCACAGAAUAUUAUAGAAACCUUGACGGAGGAUGAGGAUGAUGCCUACUUUGGGUCCUAUGCACAUUUUAGUAUACAUGAAGAAAUGCUAAAGGACAAGGUACGGACAGAGAGCUACAGAGAUUUUAUGUACCAGAACACAGACCUAUUUAAAGACAAAGUAGUACUAGAUGUUGGUUGUGGUACGGGAAUACUUUCCAUGUUUGCUGCCAGGUCGGGGGCAAGACAAGUGAUCAGUGUUGACCAAUCAGAUGUAGUUUACCAGGCCAUGGACAUCAUCAGAGAGAACAGCUUGGAGGAUCGUGUAACAGUCAUUAAAGGUCGGAUAGAAGAUGUGGAUUUACCCGUGGAUAAAGUGGACAUCAUCAUCUCUGAGUGGAUGGGCUACUUCCUGUUGUUUGAGUCCAUGUUGGACUCUGUGCUGUAUGCGAGAGAUAAAUAUCUAGCCCCUGGAGGAGUAGUUCACCCAGACAAGUGUAAUAUCAGUCUGGUGGCAUCCGGUGACCCUGACCUUCACAGUAAACAUGUGACCUUCUGGGACAAUGUUUAUGGCUACAAGAUGACCUGUAUGAAGUCGGAGGUUGUUAAAGAAGCCAGUGUAGAGGUUGUCAAGUCAGAGAAGAUCAUUACAGAUGCUGUCGUUGUUAAGGAAAUUGAUGUGUGUACCUGCAGACUUGAGGACUUACAAUUUCACAAACACUUCUCCCUGACGGUCAAGGAGGACGGCCAAAUCUAUGCGAUUGUCAGCUAUUUUGACAUGUUCUUUGAUAAAGGCUGCAGCUCCAAGGUUACUUUUUCUACUGGUCCAGCACAUACAUCAACACAUUGGAGACAGACAGUGUUCCUAAUAGAACAUCCUAUUACAGUAACAAAAGGUGAGGUUCUACAAGGGAAGAUAAACUGUAAGAAGAGUAGGAAAGAUCCUCGUUCUCUGGUGAUAUCACUGACUGUAAAGGAUUUCACACAGGUGUACUUAAUGGACUAAUUACAGGUGUACUUGAUGGACUAAUUACAGGUGUACCUGAUGGACUAAUUACAGGUGUACACUCCACAGGUGUUUUCAGGAACCACUUGUGAUAUAACAUGCACCAAGUUACACAAAGAUGCAUUUCUAUUAAAACUGCAUUUUAUAACAAUUGUCUGUCUACAGUAAUUGUUGGUGUUUGUGAAGCCGGCAUGCUGGAAGACAAUCAAGGGAUCGACCUGUCCGACAGUCAUCUGCGGCCUCCUGAUUAGAUUGAUUGUGUUUGUUUGGACCAAGUCUUUGUCCUGAGAACCAUCAACGCAAAACAAAAGGUUGCUUGUGUUUGUUUGGACCAAGUCUUUGUCCUGAGAACCAUCAACGCAAAACAAAAGGUUGAAUUCACACCUUCAGGUGUGUUACUUUCUCCAGAGGAUAUAUUAAAUAUCAAUUGAUCUACACUUAAUAGUAAUAGAGUGGAUACGGAUGUCUAUGACUUUAGUACUCUCUCUUUACCCUUAAAGCAGGGCUAUAUUGAGUGAGGAAGGCAUUUGGAACAAGUGAACAUCAUAUAAGGCUAUGGUGUAUUUGGAAUUUUAAUGUUUAAAUGUAUUGAUUAUAUUAACGUUUUGCUUUGUUGAGAUCCUGGUUCACAUGUACUAGUAAACACAAUCAGGUUCACAUUACAUGUACUAGUAAACACAAUCAGGUUCACAUUACAUGUACUAGAAAACACAAUCAGGUUCACAUUACAUGUACUAAUAAACACAAUCAGGUUCACAUUACAUGUACUAGAAAACACAAUCAGGUUCACAUUACAUGUACUAGAAAACACAAUCAGGUUCACAUUACAUGUACUAAUAAACACAAUCAGGUUCACAUUACAUGUACUAAUAAACACAAUCAGGU